CUGAAAUUUCAGACUUCAAUUGAAUAAGUCACCAAGUACGAGGAAACAGACAAAAACAGACACACACAAUUUGCUCAGGCAAUGAAUACCUUAAACCAGACCAUUAUAAAUGAGAUUCGUCUCCUUGGAUUUCAGGAUUUUCCAAAUUUCAAAGCAUUAUUUUUAUUUCUUCUGUUUCUUUUCCCUAUUGUGACCGUAUGUGGGAAUUUUCUGAUUAUUUGGUUGGUGGCAUCUAACAGCAGUCUCCAGUCUCCCAUGUACUUCUUCCUAACACAACUGUCUGUUUCUGAUUUACUUGUGACCACAACUAUUAUCCCUAACACACUUUAUGUUAUAUGUAAUGAAGGUGGCACUAUGUCACUUUCAGCUUGCAUUAUUCAAUUUUAUUUUUUUGCUUGUUCUGAGGUAUUUGAGUUUUUUCUUCUCUCUGUAAUGGCUUGUGAUAGAUAUCUAGCUAUCUGCAACCCGCUGAGAUAUAAUGCUUUAAUGAACCCUGUCUUGUGUAUAAAAUUGGUUAUUAUCUCUUGGUUGUUAAGCUUUUCUAUGGAACUGAUUGUUAUAACAUCAGUAAUUCAACUUCAGUUUUGUGGCCCAAAUAUUAUUGAUCAUUUCUUUUGUGAUUAUGUCCCACUACUGGAACUGUCUUGUUCAGACACCAGUUUUAUUGAUGAAGAAAUUAUCCUAUUAGCUAUACCACUUUCGUUCACUCCAUUCAUAAUUAUUGUAGUUUUUUAUGUAUAUAUUAUUCGGGCUGCCAUUAAAAUUUCCACCACUAGUGGAUUUUCAAAAAUCUUCUCCACUUGCAGCUCUCACCUGACUGUAGUUUUAAUAUUCUUUGGUACAAUAACUGGAAUUUACAUGCUUCCAAACAAAAAGAAAUCUAUGACUGCCAACAAAAUUUUAUCUUUGUUAUACACUGUGGUGACUCCUAUGAUUAACCCAAUCAUAUACAGUCUGAGGAAUGAAGAUAUCAAGAAAGCUAUUAAAAAAAUUCUGGGUAAAAUCAAUGACUAA